AAUAAAACGACACCUCAUUUGAUUUGUUAUCUUCAUUCAAUCUGAAUUCUAGCCUCUGUAUUUUAAAUGGUUCAUCGCUUCGACAUGUUUUCCGGGCAUAUGUGUCCGGCUGGGAAUAUAACUUUCAUUUGUACGUACAUUGUGCGUGGUUAAGUUUACCGAUGAAAGUUUAGUGGUCCACCAUUAUGAGUAGAUAUUUGUUUCUGUCUUGGUAUGUAACCCUUUGUAGUUUUGGUGUCUUACGAUCGCAGUCACUUUUUGACGAAUAUGAUUUCCGAUGUGAGGAAAGGCGAGACCAAAAGAUUGCUGCAAAACUGCAGUUAUACGAAGACAAGAUAAAAGCUCUGGAAAACCAGAUCAAAAGUAUUGAUCUAAAAAACCAAAAGGAUGCAGAGAAAAUAAAUGACAGAAUUUUCAAAUUAGAAGAAACGUUCCAAAAUUUCACAAACAAAAAUGGUUCGUCUACAAAGCCAGCACAGUUAAUGGGCCGGGAAUUUUACAUGGUAUUUCCUCCACUGUUCUUUGAUGGGGGCGACAGUUACUGUGUAUUGUACAUCGUGUCAGUCACCACGGGUACCUGUACUGUAGCACUGCCACUACUGACCAAAAGAUACAACCUAGACCUAAAGCCAGGACAGAAUACCCUGUUCCUACAAGCUUCAUACAUGGCCUUAGAGAAUCAAAUGGAAGGAAAGGGCGUCCAUAUUGAAUGUAGCACCAGCGUUAACGUUUACGCGGCCAAGCACGACAAAUUCACCACCACGGCAUUUCUAGUUUUGCCCAUUCACUCCAGAUUUCAUUACAAAUAUAGAUAUAUUCCUUCCAUUGAACCAAAGUCGGUGGCUCCGCAAUAUUAUCAUCUUUAUAAUAGUACUCUGUCCAUAGUAUCAAGUGGCGAUAAUAACGUUGUUACGGUUAAUCUGAACUUAACGGAGAGUGAUUCGAUCACUAUUGAUAAUCAGACAUACUGGUACAACGAAAGCAUUCGACUUUUGAUAAAUAAAUAUGAAUCAAUUGUGAUAUCUCAUGGAAUGGACUUAACCGGAAGUUCGGUUUCUUCCAUUGAUCCCAUAUUCCUUGCCACUGGUAACAACUGUGGACGGCUGCACGACGACAAUGCGUGCAGCGGAAUGUAUUCUGUGAUUCCAUUGGAUGACUCGAAUGACUCAAAAAAUUACGAGAAAGAACAUCUGUAUGUUGCACCUUUCUUCUAUCCAUUUUUAAGAGGAUAUAGAAUUAGGAUAAUGUCGAAGAGUUUAGAUUAUCGUUUGCAAUAUACUGUAGGGAGUGAAAAUAAAACGGAAGUCUUAUUUGUUCAAAGUAACUUUGUAGAUAUUGAUGUGGAAUCGAAUGACCCCGUCUUUAUCCGUGCAAGUAGAUUUGUGUCUGUGAUGGUUAUAACACCUGGAAAAAAUAACACUGAUGGAGUAGGUACAGCGUUCAUGCUGCAUGUUCCAGAACAACAGAAUCUUCUUUCAGAAUACCAUUUUGUGGUACCAGAUCUAAAUACAACGAGUUAUAUAACAAUCGUAUGCAGAAAUGUGUCGCAAUUAAGACUUGACAAUGGCGUCAUUAAUGGAGAAAGUAGAACUACGUAUGGCGUCAACUCUGAGCCAUAUGAAGUGGUGGCUCUACCAAUACCACCAGGGUACCACACGGCAACAAACAUCCAGGACGAGACUUUCUCCUUGUAUGUGUACGGGAAACAGAAGCCAAAUCUUGGCUAUGGAUUUGUUGCAGGGUUCAAAAUACAAGAAUAAUUUUGAUCUGCAUGAUUUGAUAAACCUUUAUAGAUUGUUUUACUUUUUAUUCAUGUGAUUUAAUUUGUCCAUAAAAACCUGAUUUUUUGCAUACGAUGCGAGAUUGUGUAGUGCUAUAAUAAUCAAAAUGCCUGUGAUCACUUGUAUUCUAGUUUUGAUAUUGUUCAAUUUACUAUGUGAAAUUUUUGAAAAUAAAUAUGUGCCAAAUAAACCUUUAA